AUGACACUUUCAGUGGAAUGCAAAGUUAUCAGAAAGAAAAGAAGCAUGAGGAGAAGGAAGCCCAAGUCCUCUUUCAAAAAACUUCCCAUUGAGCUUCAAUCAAUAAUCUUUGAGAGGUUGUGUCUCAAAGAUCAGUCCAGAGCUAUGGGCGUCUCACACUCAUGGCGUGAGCGAAUCCUAACAUUACCAAAAGAAAAGUCACACCAAUCAUUGGUAAGAUUGCAUAACCCAUUUCUAGAUUUAAAUUUGCAAAACCUAUUCCAAUGGUGUUCCCAAGUAAUGUGUUGCAUGAUCGGUCCUAAAGAACUGAUCGAUACUUGCAACGGGUUACUUUUGUUUUGUCACAACAAAGGUCGGGCUCAAAAUCUCACACAUGGUAUUUACCACUACUAUGUUAUGAAUCAUGCCACAAAACAAUGUGUGGCUGUUCCAAAGCCUGUAGGUCAAAACUCAGGAGGGUAUUCCUAUGCAACUCUAGUAUAUGAUCCGGCUGAGUCUUGGUUUUUCAAAAUCCUACGUUUUCAGGGUCAUCGACAUGUUAACAUUUUCUCCUCGGAGAAUGGUGUUUGGACUACCCUGAGUCUCUGUUUACCUGAAUAUAUCAUUAAGUCUUGUUGGAUUAAAAAAUCCAUUUACUUGAAUGGAUCUGUUUACCGACUCUCCCGCUCAGGGCAUUUGAUUAAAAUAAGAGUCGAUCCACAAGAAAAUGUUUCGGAACAAACUGAGAUAAUAUCACUCACUCCCGACUGUCUCUUAGAUAAUUGCCAUUGGGAAUUAUGUGUCCGAGGUGGAAAGCUAUUUUUUGUCAUGUCUAGAGGUGUGAACUUUAUGAUUUAUGAACUUGUUGAGUGCAUUACAAGGAAUGUUACCUCCUACUCAUGGUGCAAUGUUCGUAGAAUUGAAGCUGCAAGUUUGUUGGACCAUAAUACCCAUGGCAAUCUCUUGUCAUUUCACCCUUACUAUGAAGUAGCAUUUUUCAAACGCCACAAGAAUGAACUUUAUUACUUCCAUAUAUGUAAUGAUAACAACAUCACAAAUAUUAAGUUGGUUCCAUACAGUGACAUUCUUUAUGACUAUUUAAGAUGUUGCCAUCCUCCUUUGCUUCAAUGUUUCAAGCCUUUCAUUUGCUGCUUAAACAAAGAGAACUCAGGAGUUUUUCGGCGGUUACCCGGUUUGCCGUGA